AUGCCCAAAACCGCUUUCCAAGGAAUCUCUGGCUCAUACUCGGAAGCCGCGUUAAUCGCUCUUGGUGGUCAAUAUGGUCAGCUAGGAGCUUUGGAACCAAUUGGACUUGAAACAUUCGAAAAGUGCUUUGAAGCUGUCAAUAGCCGCACAGUGGAUCUCGCAUUUCUACCAUUUGAAAACUCUAUGAAUGGGACAUUUCACAAGAAUUAUGAUUUACUGUUGACUUCUGGACUAAUUAUUGUUGGUGAAUGGUCAUCCCGAGAAACUCAUGUGCUAGCUGCAUUACCAGGAGCCACUCUUCAGAACAUUCGUGAAAUUCGAAGUCAGUCUGAAGUCAUUCAACAGUGCUCCAAGUUUCUGAGCAGUUUGACAAAUGUCAACGUCAUUCAAGGAUUUGACACUGCUGGCUCCGCGUCCUACAUCCAAACGAACUCACUCCACAACGCUGCUGCUAUUUGCAGUGAGCUCGCAGCACAACGAUACGGCCUGACAAGUCUCUUAAAAGUCGGGAUCGAAGACGACGUAAAUGUCACACGAUACCUCUUGAUUGGACGCCAACCAGUCCAACCGCAACGCCAUGAAUCACCUCGAACAUCCGUGUCUGUUGUGUUGAAGAAUAUUCCAGGUGCAUUCUUCAGGGCAUUGUCGUGUUUCUCGUUACGUGAUUUGAAUAUCUCCAAGAUUGAGUCUCGCGCAUCGGCUAGGACAAUCACCUUGUCCACACCUUGGGAAUACGUCUUGUAUAUCGAUGUUGAUGGGUCGACCAGUGAUACGGCUGUUGCCCGUGCGGUUGCCAAUUUGGAGGAAUAUGGUGUUGUCAAGGUGCUGGGAUCGUAUCCUAGGUACAUCCCGAGUAUAGAUGCUCCAUUAUCUCAUCGCGGUAUAGGAUUGUAG